AUGCAGAAGAUGCGCAGGCAGGUUCAGCUACUGUGUGUUGUCCUCCUGGUGACCAUCCAGGUGUCAGUCAAGAGCUUCCCCACCAACAGUCAAAAAAGCGCAUUCCCCAACGGCAGGAGCACUUCGACCACGGAGGCAAUAUCUCAGGCCAGCCCGAGUGGCGAUGUUGGUGAGACUCUGGAGGACCUCCAGCAGCAGAACCAGCUGCAAAGCCUGGCGUCCUCCACCCAGCCAUCCCAGAGACCCCGAUGCCGGAGCUGGUCCCACGUGGUUUUGCCCAAACCAGAACCAGAAGAGGAACCAGAACCGUUCAUCCUGGACCUCAGGAACUUCCCUGAGUUGGCCAACGCAGACCUGGGAUCUCACAGCCCUAAUAUACAGGUGACCAUUGAGGUGGUUGAGGACCCCCAGACGGAAACAGAGAUGGAGAUGGACCUGGCUAAGGAGGGGGGUGAUGGGGGCCGCAACGACUGGUCCCUGUCUUCAAAGGAGUGGCUCGCCCACAAGAAGCUGUUCUUGGCCCUGUUCUGGGAGUACCCGGAACAAGCUGAGACUGAGAGAACCUGA